CCCCUCUCUCUCUCUCUCUCACUCUCUCUCUAGGAAAAAAGGCGCAAGCUCCCGGCCCACUGCAGCUCGGUAAGUGCUUCUAUCGACCAUAGAGCAAACCCUCAUAGGCGAGGGGAAGAUAGUCCACCGACGGAGGCCUAGCACCCGGUCGCUUUACCUGUGUUGCUCGUCUGACUAUCCCGUCUUCCCCAGCAGACCACUCCAAACUUUCCCGAUCCCACCCUCAUCCCAUCCCAAACAUGUCCCUGCGCAACCGCAAAACCACCACCGACCCUCUCUCCCCGCACGAAUCCACCCUCCUGCAACACAUCAACUCCCAACCCGACACCCUUGUCCUCUUCGCGCAAUACUUUGCCAACUCGCGCCUCGCCGCACGCGCAACCGUCACCGAGGUCGAUUCUGCAGGCUUGACGCUGCAGUAUGUCGACAAGAAUAUGGAGGGGCAGUUGGCCCAGAAGGAGAUUAGGAUCCAGUUUGAUGGGCCUGUGAGGGAUGUGGAGAGUGCGAAGAGGAAGAUCGACGCGUUGGGGAAGGAGGCUAAGGAUGCAAUGGGGAUGGUAUGUGAGCGAGCCAUGCGAGACGCGAGCGCUUGAUUCUCGCAAGGGAGCCUGCGACCUGGACCGAAUACGAAUUGCGCCGAGCGAAGCGAGGAGCAGGGAUGCUUGAGGCAGGCGAGCUCUAGGCGAGCCACAUUGCAGAAUGCUUCCCCUAACCUCGGUUCUUAGCGAGCCUCAGCGAGC